AUGGAGAUACACUGGCAGCAGGAUGGUAGCCAGAGGAACCGCUACCAGGCCCUGCUUACUGUCAUCAAAGCUGUCCACCUCACUGAGGGCUCCAGCAUCAUGACCACCUGUCGCAUCCCCUCUGAUGGUUUGUUGAAGAUCUUCUCAGGGAGUGAACCUGGUGGGAUGGAUCAGAUUCUGUAUGAGAUGAGGUCCAAAGCCUUAUGCCGUCUUCAGUCCUACUGGCUGCCCCAGUACCUCUGCUCCUGUAAGCUCUCCAUCACCAAACUGAAAGAGUGUGCCUCCAUCGUCAAAGAGUACGAGGACAUUGCCUCUAACCUCACCCUGGUAGAGAUCCCAGCUCUGCUUGACCCACUGGGGUGGAGUCUGGGCUCGCCACCAUCAGAGGGCCCUACAGUGACCCGGACCUACUGCUCCAAAGUCAGGAAGAGGCUGCUGUGGAGGGCCCAUCAGAGGCCUGGGACAGGACUUAGGGUUGGGGCAGCAGGGAUGCCCGAUGGGCCGGCCAUGCAGCAGUGGUUGCCCAUGGCCGGGGACGGAGACCAGGGAGAGUGUACCAAUAUUGUGCACCUCAUGAGCAGGCAUGGGGAGGAGAUUGUGGUCAGUGGGGACAAGACACAUGGGGGCAAUGGCAAAAGGGAGGGCAGAAGCAAGAGAGGAGGAAGUGGGAGCUCAAAGAGAAGUACCAGUACUCCACUCCUCAGAAAGGUGAGCUCUGCUAGUCUUGGGCACAGAACUGCCCCCCUCCCUGUCAUGCUCAUACUCCCCUCCAAGAGCCUGUCCAAUCUGGACAGCAGCACUGACCCCAUCAUCCCCCCUCAUGCCUGUAUGGAGACACCCAUCUGCCACCUUCCCUCCAUCACCACCACCCCUGUCACCUCUACUCCCGAUCCUCCUUCCAGACCGGUCUGGGGAACACCACACUACGAUGAGCACCUCUCCCUGGCCCUGUCCGCUGAUGCUCUUGCUGGGGGUCCCUAUGAGAAUUUCCUGAGGGUCAGUGGCCAGAGGGUCAUGCUGCACCACCUGGGACUGUGGCAGGAGCUGGAUGGCUUCCUCAACCUCCUGCUCAAGAUGGAGGAUGGCCCCUCCAAGGCUCUGAGACAGGUGUUGGCUAGAAAGAUCAUGGCUGUGUACUUGAGUGAUGCGUGGCAGUGUGUUAGUUGCACUGAGGGUGAGUGGUGCACCACCUACCUGACCAAAUCCACCGUCUGCCACCUCAUAAACCUCCUCCCCUCUGGCAAUGUGAUGCCCUGGAUCUACACGGCCAAGCAGGAACUAUGCCAGAUUCUGGGUCCCACCUACAAUGCAUUUCUGGAUGAAGAAGACAAAGUCAUUCUCUUCUAUCUGUUCACUCAGAAUGAGGUCAAGGGGAAAGUAAGUCGUAGAGCUACAGCGCCCUCCAGUGCUCCCACUGCGCCAGAGCAGCAGGUGAGGAGGAUGAGGGAGGCUCUGGCUCUCUGUCAGGCCUGCGCUGAGCCUCUCACUGAGGAGACCUGGGCCCUGCUGCCCCUAGAGGACGUCAGGACAGGAGGCUCUGUUCACCUGCACUACAGAAAGACCAACCUUUAUGACCUUCCGUUUGAAACCCUGGCUGAGAAGUACCCCAAGGUGGCUGUGGAGGCAAUCAGUAAAACUCACAGACUCUACUAUGACUGGAAGCCAGUACAAGGUAUGAUACAAAUUACAUUCAAACUUUUCCUAUCAGCUUCAAUGAUUAAUAAGUCAAUGAAACAUAACAAUAAAAUGUAUCCUUCAGAGGAGACAAAGAAGCCAGUGGUGACAUCCAGUCCUAAGAAGUCAUUCCACCUGAUGAAGGACAAGGACCACAGCUUUGCCGAAAAACCCUCCAUGAGACCAAGGUUUUUAGAGGAGGUGAUGAGAAGUCCCACCAACCUGGACUUCUUCAAGCGUUACCUGAGGGCCUAUGAUGCUCACGGAGCUCUGAACUUCUACCACGAGGUGGACAAACUGCGGCACGUCGACAGCCUCCUCCAGAAGACCAAGAUCAACAGCAUCGUGUCCCGCUUCCUCAGACGAGCAGACGCUAAGGAUUAUCUUCAGUGCAGCGCCAACCUCAUCUCUCAGAUCCCCAAGAUGAGAUAUGUUUCUCCAGACAUCAUUUUUGCAGCUCAGGAUCUGGUUAUCAAAUCUCUGGAGGCAACCUGGUUCAAAAAGUACCAAGAGACCUUUCCUCCUUGUACCAAUGUUACUGACACCGGCACAAGAACCAUCGUCCUUACAAACAAACUAAAACAUGUGUGGAGCGUCUUCUCCGGGUUCAUCAAAAGCAUCUGUAAAUUCCGACAUGCCAUGAAGGACAAUCUGACCAGAAGCAAGUUUGAGGGGUACCUCAGACACAACUGGCAAGACUUCUCUCUACGGUACAUGCCAUCAAUGGGGAGCCGGCAAAUUGAAUCCGUUGACCUGUCCUCGGAGGAGGUAGACUCGUCCCACUUGAAGAGGCGAGUCAUCAACCACAAACUGAUAACAGUGGAGUUCCUUGUUAACGAUCUGUCGUUCUACCUGGAGACAGAGAGUUUCAGGAACAUGGCAGACUCGGGCACUAUGAUGGCGUCUGCGGGCAUGUAUGGGGAGAAUGACAAUGCUCUGCUACACCAGAAAGCAGAGAUGAUCAUCAAGCUCUUUCUCAAGUCAGAGAUCUCUCCCAAACUGAGGGUUAACAUAGCAGAAACUGCCAGGGAUUCCAUCCAGCAGGCCUUUGCCAUGGGCAAGGUGGACCGAGGGCUCUUCCAUGAAGCCAUCAUGGCUGUCUUCCCUAACCUCAUCUUCUGCUGGAAAAAAUUCUGUAGCCAAAAGGUGAAAAAAGGUAUAGUCGGAGAUAAUUCUAAGAAAGCAGACUCCACCGAGCUUCAUGACUACCUCCAUCCCUUCAACUCUGACUGGUACCGGAAGGUACAAACUACCAUGUCCAUGAUGGACGAUUACACCACCCUUAGGUUUACUGUGCAUGAUGGUCUCAAUCUGGUCCUCCCUCAAACCAGACUAGAAUUGUGUGCCAGUGUUCUCAGCCCUGCUAAGAGCUCCAUGGCUAGGCGGAGAUCUGUCUCUACGCCUGCCUCCUCCGAAUUUCCACAACUGGAGGUGUCCAACCAACGCAGAAGGUCUAUUGGUCCCCUUCUCAGUCCUCAAACGUCUCUGCCUCAUUCUGACCUUACCCACUCAUCUUCGGGAUCCUUGCUCUCAAAAAUCAAGGAGGACUAGUCUUAUCUUUUGAUAAUACAAAUAAAGACCAUAUAUUUUCUAUGUAAA